UGGUCAAACUUUGGUAAACUUUUAGUAUGUUAUUAAGGACACCUAAUACUACAAAAAACAGCUGAGAAACCUUUUGUUCGAAUUUUUUUAGGGUUAGGUGUUUUUUUUCAUAUAUGCAGCCGCCUAAUGAUGGAUUUUACACCUUCAUAGGAAAGUUUCUCCCGGUUUCUCCUCCCGGACACUUUACGGCACACAAAGUCUCGCGUAAUUUGAGCAUGCCGAGAAGAUAGCACCGUGAGCUAACUGUGUGUGUGUCGAUCGUUAGCUAUCGUAAUAUCUUAACGCCGCCAAAAACACACAUUUAGCACAAUUGACAAACGCAUAUAAGCAUCCCCGGAUAUAUCUUAUGGCGACGGACACGGCGGUCCGAGCGCCUGGCCUAUUCUAAAGGCGCAGUGCGUCUGUUUUGUUGGCCUAGUUGGUAACGGUGCCACUGCUAACAAGCUAGGUUGCUAACAUCCGUUUACACUCGUACAGUAAAACCAGGAAGAAGGGACCAGACGAGCAGUUUGGCCUCAAAGGUUACUCUACUUCUGAAAACAUUUAUUCAUAAACACGAGCCUCGUCCAGUCUUGUGAAAACGGGAAAAGGAAAAUAAUAUUAAUACUGGCCUAAGUGCAAAGAUGUCAAAGGCUCCAGAUUCUCCAGCUCGGUCCCGCUCCAGGUCCAAAUCCAGAUCUUACUCCAGAUCUCACUCUAGGAGCCGCUCCCGCUCAAGAUCCAGAAAACGUCGCUAUAGUUCCAGGUCUCGCUCUCGCUCUCACUCUCCGUCCUACAGAAACUAUCCUACCAGGGACUAUCAGAACAACAGAGGUGGGUUCAGAGGCUACAACCGAGGCUACCGGAGGCCCUUCCACUACCGUGGCAGAAACCGAGGCUAUUACCAGCGCGGCGGUCAUUACCAGAACCGGGGAGGAGGCGGCGGCUAUGGCUAUAAGGCCAAUUGGCAGGGUGGUGGUGGUGGUGGCGGUGGUGGAGGCUGGCACGAUCGCCACCAUGACCAGGACCACCACUCACACAGUCCCAGGAGGGGGCGCUCCCGCUCCCGCACACCCAGGAAGCGCUCAGGCAGCCGGAGCCGCUCCCACUACUCUGACCGCUCGUCUUCGCGAGGAUCUCGACGCUCCAGGCGCUCCAGCUACUCCUCACGGUCCCGUUCCUCAACACCACGUCAUCGCAGCAGCAAGGGCAAGCCUGGCACCAAUGAUGCUAAGGAAAAGGUAGAAAGUCCACCGGAGAAAUCGGGUCAGGCAGCAGACGGCAGUGCCAUCGAGAAGGUAUCUGGAGGUAAAUGGAUUGAUUAUGACACCAGCCCUAAACGAAUCAGCCCAGAAAUUAAAAAGGAGGAUGCUCCCACUAGUCCUCCUGAUGAGGGCAAAGGACCCGGGAGUGGCGGCCCUCUGUGGAAAACCAUCGGCACUGUAUCCCCUCCAGCAAAGAGUCCCACAAAGUCUGGACAAACGGCCUCCUUCAGCGGCUUUGGGUUCUUCUCAAAGGAAGAUGCCAAAUGUGGAGAUAAGACGGUGAUCUCUGCUGCCUUCAAAAAGUUCUUGGCUGAGAACAAAAGCAGAAAGAUGGCUGCUGAAAAGGAGAAUGGUCGUGAUAAAGAGGAGAGCAACACAGACGGAGAUCUAGAGAAAGGGAACAAGUCUGAAGACCUUUUCAACAUCUCGUCCACUUCUUUCAGUGACUCCAAGGAAGACAAGACCAUGCCUUUCUUUGAUGCUGGAGAAGAAGAGUUCCUGAAGUCUCACGGGCUGAAAGAGAGGGACAUGGAGGAGGAGGGUGAGGUCAAAACAACCCUCACAGCUCGGGACAUUUUCGGGAAAUGGGGGGAUGAGCCAAGCUAUUCAACGUCCUACUCGUCAGGUAAAGAGAAAACCCGGAGAGAUGCUGAAGAGGCAGAGCCCGUAGAUCACGUGGAGGAGGAGUUGUACCGAAGCCGCAAGCACAGCUCCAAGAAGGAGGAGAAGUCUAAGAAGAAGGAGAAGAAGGAAAAGGAGAAGUCCAGAAGGAGUCCGUCCCCUCCUGCAACUUCCAGAGGGAAGGAGCGGCCGCUGUUUCCUGGAGCUUUCCCUCUUCGUGAGGAGUCACCUGUACGGCAUCUGUCUGCGUCAAGGGACGACUUUGAGCUCAAAAUCGGGUCUCUAGAUGAAAUGCCCAGCUCUUCCCUGUCUAAAGAGCGCCUCAUGCCCCGAGAACUGCCGAAGCCCACUAAGAAAGAUACAGAGUUUCGUUCCAUUUUCCAGCACAUUCAGUCAGCACAGCUCCGUCGCAGCCCCUCUGAGCUGUUUGCUCAGCACAUAGUUUCAAUCGUGCACUACAUCAAAGCUCAACACUUCCAAUCCUCAGACAUGAGUCUAAGUGAGCGGUUUGCCAUGUACCAAAGAAAAGCUGCAGAGGUAGAAAUGAUGAAGCCAAGAAAGAGCCCAGAAAUCCACAGGAGAAUCGAUGUUUCCCCAAGUGCCUUUAAGAGGCACUCUCAGCUGUUUGAGGAUAUGGAGGAGACGAGCUACAAGGAUCCAAGUAAAAAGUUCAAAGGCGAUGUGAUGGACCUUCGCCUGGAUAUUGAAAGACGUAAGAGGUUUGGUGGGAAGGAGUACAAGCGUGAAGGAGGCAGGAGCCCCGGAGGCUCCCGAGGACCCAGCAGAGAGAGGUCCUCUGAGAAAUCUGGAAAACACCACAAGAAAUCCAAGAAGGGUAAGAAGAAACGGGAUCGCUCUCCAUCCUCCUCUUCCUCCUCAUCCUCUCCAUCCCCGUGUCCUCCACCUUUCAGAGGUAAAGAGUUCAUGGGAGGAGAGGGGAUGGAGCAAUCGGAGGAGGGCUACAGUCACUCACGUUAUCCUCCACGGGACUACAGUGGGCCCGGAGACAGAGGCCCUCGAGAUUAUGAGGGCCACAACCCAGAGAGAGGCCGAGGCCGUGGAUUUUUCCCCAGAGUCAGAGGGAGAGGGUGGAACAGGGGCAAUUAUCCAGGCAACAACAGCAAUGGAAACCCUGCCAAUAUGAAUCCUGCAGUGCGCCCUCCCGAGGAGGAGUGGGACCCUGAAUACACUCCCAAGAGCAGGAAGUAUUACCUGCAUGAUGAUCGUGAUGGCGAGAAAACCUGGGUAGACAACCGUGGAAGAGGCCGGGGUUCCUUCCCGCCUCGUCGGGGACGCUUCGUCUACCGUAAGGGGGGCAGCAGCCCGAAGUGGACCCACGACAUGUUCCAGGGAGGAGAAGGGGGGGAGCUAGGAGAUGACGCCGUAGAAGUAGGCCGUAAAGAAACCAAGAACCCCGGAGACGCCACCGCUCAGAAGCAGUAGAUCCGCUCACUCCAUCAUCUUCUACAUAUUCAUGAGCGCGUCCGUGUCAGAACGGUUACAGCGAUGAUGGGAUGAAGGGGUUCUUCUCUUCUUUAUUUUACCUUCCACAUCAUCUCAUCAUUUAAUUGUUAAAAAAUGUGUUUAGUGAGUUUGAGCCUUCUCACAGUUAAAGUGAAGAAAGAACUGACUUGAAUGAAGAGCAGCACUCUGUUACUUGUCGUAUGUAAGGUUAGAUUCAUUUCAGUCUUUUUCUUUUUUUAAAUGUAAAAGGUGAGUUUUUGUUUUGCAGCUAGUCGACUUAAUUGUAUCUUUUUAAGGAAGAAAAUACUAAGGCAACAAAGAUGAAUAUUCUCUGAAAACAUGACAAAAUAAAUGCAUUUGUGCCUUAGAAAAUGAAUAUAACUAAUAAUACUUGUGUAGUCUCUUCGAAGGUACAGCCCCGGCUAUGAGAGGUACACCUCUACCCGUUUUUAAUUGUGGGAAUUUACAUCUUGUUUUUGUUUUUGGGGCUGUGAUAAAUCUUUGAUGUUACUGCAUGAUACGUUUGAUUUAUACUUUGCUCCUUGGGACCAAUCAGUAGUGGGCUCAGGGCUCAUGAUCGUCAAAUAAUCAAAACAUGAAAAAGUUGCUAUCUUUUGAACCCCUGAACGAUUGAUGUUUGUCAAAUCUAUUAUCCAAGCUUUUCCAUAUAGUGCCACUUCACCUGUAGUUCUCUGUAGGAAGUGAAGACAUUUGUAUGUGUGUUGCAGUAUAUUCUCAUUGUGGGUGUUUUCAGUUAAAAAGAAUUGUAAAGAAUUUGGAACCAAAAUCCCUGGAUUUCGAUCAGCUACUGUAGGUUUUCUGCCUCUGUUAUAUCAAUUUAGGCAAGUGGCUACCUUUUUGUUUAGAUUUUAAUAAUAAAAAGAUUAUGGCAAGAGGCUAAUACAUGUAUAGAAUUAAAAUACCUAAAGAAAUGUAAUCAACAUCUCGGGGGAGGAAAAAUGAAAACCACAUUGGGUUAUUUUUUUGUUAAAUACAAAAGUUGCAGUAAAUCUCUCACAAAAAAAAGACCGUUUUAAUCUUAUGUCAGAGAACCUGAACAUUACAAAAGUGAAAUGAAACUCUAAAAUUUGGGACAAAACAUUUUGUCAAAGGCAAUGAUUAAAGUGUAUAUUUUUAAGAGGAGUUGACGCAACUAGCGGAACUAGUUUUGUGGAUCUCACUGUGCUGCUUCGUCCCACUUUUGACUGUACAUACUGCAUGUACUUAACCGAACUGUAGGAUUUUUGUUUUUGUUUUAAUCUAAGGCUGAAAACUUUUGUACUGUUCUCAAGAGCUUUGGAGUACUUUGUCUUUUAAUUUUAAAUAAAAUUUUCUUUGAUUCAGGGCAA